GCGUCGACGACGUCCGCCCUUCGUUCUUUGCUGCCAGCAGCGGUCUCUAUACCCACCUCACACUAUCUCUGAAGGAUAUCAAUCUCGCGAAACACCCCUAGCCAUCUCUCUAGGCAUCGCUCUAUCUCUCGGCGUCAAGAUUCGCGCCGUCUUCAGAAUCAGUAACGAGUUCACCCCAGGCCGCUCUUUGGUUUCCCUUGCAAACGAUCAGUAACGAUGUGGUGUGACAACUGCCUUCUCUUGCUCCCUCUGAGGGGUGGUGCUAUUGCGUGGGGCGUCGUCAUGUUUCUGUACAGUCUCGCGGGAGGCAUCUUCCUAUUGAACUGGGGCCAGUACCUGUUCUUUGUGUUCCCUGAAUGGCAGAUCUACGGCGGUGUGGGCAUCGGUGUCGCGGUGGCUGCUGCACUUUCUAUCCUCGCGCUCUCUAACCGAUCGUACAUCUGGAUACGCGUCUGCAAGUUCAUCUGGCCAUUCAUUAUCGUGCUCUGCGCCGUCCGGGCCAUCAUCAUGAUCGUCGAACUCCAACGAGGGAAGGACAAGAUCCAGUGGGAGUGCGCGAAUGGCGGCCAGCUGUGGUCAGAGUCAGCAGCGGCAGGGUACGGCGGAACGUCGUCGUUCCCGGCCGGAUUCUGUACGACCGGAUUCUCGAGUCUCAACGCCGCAUUCAUCGUUGGACUCGUGGUAGACCUGGCGUUCCAGAUGUACAUGUUCUUCCUGGUCUGGCGCUUCCAGAAGAGGCUCGAGCAUUACUCGAACAUGAAGGGUCCGUUCUAUGGCGGAUAUUACAAUGCCUAAGCCGCUGCCCGAUCGUCGAGCGGCGCUCGGUCGCCAUAGUUGUGGCCCUUCCUUCGCGUCUCUGAAGUCUCCUGGACAGUUCCGUUCCAAUCGUUUCGGUGCCCACCUUCGCUUGCGCUUACGAUCUGCUAAUUCUCCCAUCCUCCCCCCUGACCCCCGUGCGGACAUGUGAGCGAAGCUGUCGCUCAGACGGCUCGCCUGCACGGCUGCUGCUUUGCUUCUUCCGCGUCUUGUGGACGUUCCAUCGCGUCUCCCCGUGUUCCCUCGCGUCUCCCUGCUUCCGUUCCCGGCCUGUUGUUAUCCUGUCCUGUUGUCUCGAUAUCUCGCCUCUCGGCACCUCACGACCGCUCACGACUUACGAUCUCGGGGUCCGUACUUACGUACCGGGCCUGCUCACGACUACUGACUUAUUCCUAUACCGCUGAUGAUCAACCUUCGCAAUAUAUCCGAUACUCG